AACCCACUAGAGGUCUUUAGAUCUUUUACCAGGGGCCCCUGGGACAGCUCCAUACUCAGAAGAGCACGGCAGGGAACACUGGCUUUGUAGUCGGACCCUUCGUGACCAUGGCGCAUGAGUGUUCUUGGGCGAAUGAGCUAAUCUCUCUAAUCUUCCGUUGACUCAUCUGUGCGUGACUAGGAUUAGACGGCUGUCCAUGGGAAGCACCCAGCGCAGGGCCAGGCUUAUAACAGACCUGAGUGUUAGUCUCUGGGUCCCGGGGCUGCUCCUGGUCCCUGCUCCCAGUGCCUGACACCUGCCCUCAGGAAGAGCCACAUAAGAGGGUUUGUCCCUCAGGUGAGAGAGAGCACAGCCUUGGGGGCGAGCAGGCUAAAUGGGAGUGCAGAGUCAAGAAGGGAGGCCUCGUGCCUCAGCAAGAGGGAAAGCAGAAACAGAGUCCACACCUCCACCUCUCCACUCGGAGGUACUGGGGAAGGUGACCCAGGCAGACAUUCCUCCGGUUCCUGCCUUCCAGUGUUAUUUCCCAGAAGGGUCAGCAAUGUUGGACCAUAAAGAUUGACAACGAGAACUAUGCUGGGAUCAAGGUGUUCACCAUCUGGGGAGUUCCAGGUAUAGAGAGGACAGCCCCAAGAAACCAGGUGAUUCCAGCCAGGACAAACAGAGGAGGUAGGCACUGCCUGCCAAGGGGCCUGAGUGGUGUGGAUUUUGGAGGCAGGGCUGCACCGGGCUCUCGGGCAGACCCAUCGCUUAGAAGCCAUCCAGGCCAUUGGUCUGGUAGUGACAGAGACCUGACUUUAUAUCUUCAAAUUGCCAGUUACUAGCUGUGUACGCAUCAGGCUAAUACUCUGAUUAUGGUCCUCAGCGUUCUUAUCUAUAAAAUGGGGAUAAUAUCCACUUUCGUAGAGCUGCUAUGAGGCCCGUGGCUGUAGUGCAUGUUGGGGUGUAUACACACACAGAACUCAGCCCAUAGCAUGGACUUUGCAUUGCCCGUGCCCAAAUCGUGCCAAAGGGAUGUCUGACCAGCAAAAGAAAUAAUUUUAAGGUGCAAAUGCCACCAUCAUCAGUGGACUACCAGAGCCAAACCUACUUCCUUUCAGUUUACAAGUAAAACCCUCGCAGGUCCCAAGAGAAUAAGCCUGCAGCCGGAAUGAGAGGAGUAAAGGGCACCAGAGUCACUGAAACGUAUCUCUGAUCUCCAAAUUACACGGUGCAGCUUGGUCAUGUGGGUUCUGAUCUGAAGGAUGGGCGUGGAGGUGGGUCUCUCGUAGUAAACAACCGAGGCCUCUUAAAAAACACGCAGCGGAAGCAUGGACCACAUCAGAGAAGCAGAGGCAGACCUGGCUUCGAGAGCUAGCUCAUCUCUGGAACAAACCGACGAAGCUUCUCUGCGGGUGUUUCAUCAGAACAGACACCAUGGAGGAGUAUGAGGACUAUGAAGACCUCGAGUUCUUCAACAGUUCCAGUAACAGCAGGCAGGAGCAUCAACACUACCUGCAGUUCAGCAAGAUCUUUCUGCCCUGCACGUACGUGGUGGUGUUCGUCUGUGGCCUGGUGGGGAACUCCCUGGUGCUGGUCAUAUCCAUCUUCUACCAGAAGCUGAAGAGCCUGACAGAUGUGUUCCUGGUGAACCUGCCCCUGGCUGACCUGGUGUUCGUCUGCACUCUGCCCUUUUGGGCCUAUGCAAGCAUCCGUGAGUGGGUGUUUGGCAACAUCAUGUGCAAGACCCUAAUAGGCAUCUACACUAUAAACUUCUACACAUCCAUGCUCAUCCUCACUUGCAUUACUGUGGACCGUUUCAUUGCAGUGGUUCAGGCCACCAAGACCUACAACCAGCAGGCCAAGAGGAUGAUCAAGGGCAAGGUCAUCUGCUUGCUCAUCUGGCUGAUCUCCCUGCUGGUUUCCUUGCCCCAGGUCAUUUAUGGUAGUGUCCUCCAUCUCGACAAGCUCAUCUGCGAUUACCACGAUGAGGAGAUUUCCACUGUGGUUCUCACCACCCAGAUGACUCUGGGGUUCUUCCUGCCACUGCUUGCCAUGAUUGUCUGCUACUCAGUUAUCAUCAAGACCCUGCUUCAUGCUCGAGGUUUCCAGAAGCACAGAUCUCUAAAGAUCAUCUUCCUGGUGGUGGCUGUGUUCCUGCUGACCCAGACGCCCUUCAACCUCGUGAAGCUCAUCCGCAGCACAAGCUGGGAGUACUACGCCAUGACCAGCUUUCAUUAUGCCAUCACAGUGACGGAGGCCAUCGCAUACCUGCGGGCCUGCCUUAACCCUGUGCUCUAUGCCUUUGUCGGCCUGAAGUUUCGGAAGAACUUCUGGAAACUUGUGAAGGACAUUGGCUGCCUCCCUUACCUUGGGAUCUCAGGUCAAUGGAAGUAUUCUGAGGACAAUUCCAAGACUUUCUCUGCCUCCAACAACGUGGAGGCCACCAGCAUGUUCCAGCUGUAGGCCUUGCCGGGGCUUGGAGAAGCUGUUCUGGAACUUACGGGGGCACGGCUGUGUCCUCUGGAUGGGACGAGGAAGGCUUUGUUUAUAGCUUGUGCAUUCUCAUGGAGAAGUCACCAAAUGCUCUGCCUGGUUUGGAACGCUGCUUCUCAGACACGAACAUAAUCUGUUCUUUUCUAGAACCUCCAUGCCUAAAGCUCAAAGGGGGGGGGGGUCUAAAAUUUUUAAGGGCUUGCUGACACCAAGGGGCUGAUGUAUGGCUCUUAAGAUUUUGGGUUCUCCUUUACUGGAAAUGGAGCGGAAGGUGGAGGAGGUGAGCAAACAAAGCUAUUGAUGGUUGCGGGGCUCCCAGGUUCAGAGGACUCAUCUGACUACUGGGCAAGCAGUGGAGACGAGGGCAGCCACGAGCACAGGUGCCGGCCUACACGGCUCGGAGUCAACCACCAGGCACCCAACAGGAAUGAGAGCAGGCCCUGCUUCACCUUGGUGUUUGACUGUUGUGCAGGCCGAUGCUCAGGUUCUCUUUGAUUCAUCCUGGAAGGACUAGUACUGGGGACUACAAAUGGGCCAGAGCCAAUUAGAGUAAGCUGAGAAUCCCAGUGGUCCAUGGAAUGCUCAA